AUGAGCCUUAAGGCAUCGCGUGGGAAUGCGCAUGUUUCUACGACGGGCAAGGAAAAUCCUCUAGAGUUUCAGGUGAAUUUUGAGUUUUCAUCACACUAUUUGUACAAAUAUUGUGAUUCAAGUGGUCCUUUUUGAGUUUCGGACUGUAUAGAGGAAAAAAGUUGUUCACUUCAGUUAAUUUUUUUUUUGAGCUCGCUUAAUAAAAAGUUUUUUUUUUCAGGAGUUGUGAAUUCAAAAUCAGUCCGUUAUGUGAUUUUUCAUCUAAAUUGUCUUUCCAGGUCGUUCCUGACGUCGGAUUGAAGAAUGAAAACAUUCAGUUUUUGCUCGGGAUGCCUUUAAAUCAGGUAAAUUUCGAAUAGCUUUUUGAUAUUUGAGAAUUGUUUACAGUUUUUGAAGCAUAAUAAUUUUUUGUAAAUAUUUCUGAAACCCUAUUUAAAAGACUUUUAUGAAAAGGUGUGAAUAAGAAAAAAAAUUUGACUUCCAAAGAGUAGAAUUGAGUCAUUGAUUUUUUUUUUUGAAUAGAUAGCGUUUACAGCUAGGUUUUUAAAUCAUGACAACCUUGAUAAACGAACCUAAUUCAGAUGCCGUGUUCAAAGUAAUUUCCGCGAAAUGCAAAAUGGUCUCUGACCCUCCAAAAUUUAGUUAUCUUUCUCUUUCUCUGACGGCUAUUUUGAAUUUCGCGGAAUUACUUUGAACACGGCAAGAGUUUCGAUAUUAAAUCUUUUCCAAAAGUAUACGAAGUUUGAUAUUACAUGUUUUCUGAAAGUCUGAAGAAUCUAGGCAAAGAGUUUACUUUUCAAAUGGAUGAGAUACUUGAUGAAGAAGCUAAUUUUAGGUCUCCGAUGUUAAAUUUUUUCAAAGAUGUUUAAAAAAUAUUUGUUCACUUGGAUGUUACAUGAUAAGAUUCCCGAGGAAAGAGCUGAUUCCAGGUUGUGACUCUGAUCCAGCAGAACGCACGGCUCCUGCAGAAGAUCCAGCUCACUUAUUCCAAAAAAGAGCCCUUCCGACGUGACGUCUGUAUCUACCUGAGUGCCGACGGCAUCAAACUGUUCUUUGAGGCCUCCAAUCAGCUUUUGCGGGUCCGUUUGAUUAAAAAAGGACGAAAUGCAGCUUUCCAGCUAAAAAAAAACUAGUAUUUAUUUAUUCACGCAAAAAGUUGGGGAAAGAUGUUUAAAGAUCCAUUGUGGGUUUCUGAAGGCUAGGGGGUAGUGACUUGAAAAUGUUCCCGAAAAGACGCCGGAAGAUCUUUCGAGCAACUAUUUUGCUUCUUUUUCGGGCUUUACUUGAGCUUUUGCUCUUCUUCUUUAGUUUUUCGUAGCCAAGACUUUAAAAAGUGUAAUUACCUGUAACUUUCUUUACGAUUUCUCAAAGUUGCUGGCAACUGUGAGUUGGAAAGAAUUUUUUAAUUGAAAAGAAGUUUUGAUCAAUUGUUUCGCGCUUUUUUUUCAUUUGGCUUGUGUCUUUUCUUGAGCUUUCUCGUAUAAUUGACUUCCAAGAGUCUGAAAGUCGUCAUUUUUUAUAUCGAUUUCUCAAGAAAGCUAAGUAUUAAGAGGUACAAAAAUGCGGAAAGAGCUUUUUUUGUUAACAUUUUUUUAAAUGUCCUCACUUACCCGUGUUGUUUUUUUGAUAUGAGUUGUUUCCAAAAGUCAAAAAUCUGAAGUUGUGAUUAGCACAACAGUUUAGGAAAUUUUACUAAUUCAAUAAUAAUAUUUGGUGUAUUGUUCAGUCAGAAAAGGUACGAGAAAACGCGUUCUUUAAUCACAACUUCCUUGUAUGGAGUUCGAUCUUUCUGCAGUCUUUUGGAGUUGAGGACGGUUAUUCGUAACACUGGUGAAACUUCAGUUUGCAGAAAAAAAAAACGCAGUUUGAAAGUUUCAGAAAGAUUAAGCUCCAUAUAAGAAAGUUGUGAGUUCUUUUUUUGACGGUACGGUAUUUAUAGUUCUAAUCGUUUUCCUAAAGCAUCAUUUUCGACUUUAUUUUGUUUUUUUUUUCAUCGUAAACUCAAUUUUCAGCUCAUCGAAGUGGACAAUCUGAGUCGGAUCGUCCUGAAAUAUGGGUAAGUUUUUAACGGUUUCUAGCUCUUCUGUCUAAAUAAUAACGAUAAAUUUGUUACAUGUUUCAUUUAUAUAAACCAUCCAUAACAUCUCGAACUCCGGAUGAUUGAAUGUCCAUGAUUUGCAGGAAAACCGUAUUCUCUGAGCCUGGGGCGGAAGCUUCGAUGGAGAAAGUCAACGAAUAUUUCGGCUCAACUCAUCCUGGAGGUCUCUUUGAAAAAGUUGUCUUUUAAAUAAACCUGUCUUUUUUAUUUUGGAGUUGAGUAAAUGGAAUUGUUCAUUCCAGCCUACGAUGAACGUCAGAAAAUGUACGUGCAGAGCUGGCCGGGGCUCUCAUUUUGUUUUCCGACCGAUUCCAGUGGAAAUAUUGAAGUCGCGGUGGGCUCUCAACUCUUUUUUCUUUUUUUCUUGCCUGGAAACGUUGAAAAUGAUUAUUUUCAGCCCGGUUUUGGCCCAAACCUGCGCUCUUUGAAGUAUGACGUCACCUCGCAGCCAAGACUCACCAAAAUGUCUAUUUACAAGGGCACAACCUUGAGCCGGCCCGAGUACGGAUGCGGAACUUUUUUUAAAACUGGAAAAAUUUUAAACGAAAUUUGGGAAAUUAAAUCAGAGAAGUGUUUUUAAAUUUGAACUUUUCUACAAAUCAAAUAAGAAGAAUUUCAAAAGCUACGAUUUGUUCUUUCCGCCUUUUUCAAGAGUACUAUUUUGUUAUUCUUUGUGAUAUGUUCUCUUAAGUACUCCAUUGUUUGAUUUCCACAUGAACUGUUCGACAUCUAGGCCCGUCGACGUUCCACUCGACUGCUACGGCGGUCAGAAUCGAACCCAACUCGUCGAAUGUCUCUGGAAGGACGACAAGAUCGUCGGCCUCAACAUUACGUUUGAAACGCAAAGUAAAUGCCAUUUUUUGUAGUAUUUUAUAUCGUUUUUGGUAGAUCUGAGAUGGUUUUCUUGAAUAUACAAAAAAUAGGGUCAGAAAAGGUGAAAAAUUAAUGUUUUGAAUUUUAUCUGUGGAGCACAUUCAUGACACCUUUUUGAGCGAUUUUAAAGCUUUUUUUGAAAACGAUUAUCGAGAAUUGCCCUUUUUCAAGCCGGCGCCAAAAUCGAUGGAAAGUUUGAAAUCACGUCGAUGACCCGUUCGCUUCGCUUUGGCGAUACCGUGGCGGUGAGUUUUUGGACUUUAUUCCGCUAUUUUCAUCAUUUUAGGCUGUCCAAGCGAUUCUCGGAGCUCCGUCGAAGGUUUUCUACAAAUCGGAAGAUAAAAUGAGGUAGCGUCUUGAAUUUCCUACUGAAAACGUCGGAUAUUGUUUUUUCAAAGAGGUGAACAGUGGCUAGAAGAUCGGCUGCUCUUUUUCAAAACAUCACACUUUUUUUGAUAAAAAUUUUUCGAGAAUUUCAAUGAAAAUAUUUUUUUGCAAAAAAACGCUAUUGAAUUUGAAAAAAAUUGAUAACUUUCUAAAGUGGAGAAACUUUGAGAAAUAUUUUUCCGGAAAAGGAAAAUUCUGAGCGGAAAAGUUUGAAAUAAAAAAAUGAGACUUUUUAAAAAAAUUUUUAUUAGGAGCUUCAAAAAGAUAAGUCUGAAUUUCAACUGUCCUUCCAUUUUCGAGUUUGAAAGCUCUUUUUAAAGGGAAGAUAUUAUGAUUACAAAAAAAAGAAGCUUUUUUUCUCAAAAAGGAAGGUCAUUUUGCUUAAGAUUGCUAAUUUCCUGAAAAUUGGGCAGAACAUUUCUGGAUUACCAGAAAAAAGUCCGGAAAGUCUAAGCCUGCACAACUUUCUAGUAUUUGGAAAAUAAAGCCUAAAGUCCAAAAAUGGCAUAUUUUUGAGAUUAAUUUUAUUUUUUGAGUUUGAGGUGUCUUUUCUCGAAAACUAGAAAGACGGCCAGGUUGAGACACACAGAAUGUUUUUCUGGUACAUCAACAAGUUUUUCGCUCAAGUUUCAGGAAAAUCGUGACCGCAACGAAAAAUGACUUUUCUUGUCAGAAAGUCCAGCGAUUCUUUUCGUAGUUUUUUUUUCCACAUUUCCUCUUUCCGAGUUUUUUUUAAAACUUACUAUUUGGAGAAUGAAUAUCUCAUUUCUGUUACAGUAUCCAUCGAGGCGCGAAAAAAGAGACCCUCCGACGGAUGCCGCACUUUUUCUUCAACUACUUCUCGAUGGGAUUGGUGCGUCUUUCUUUCCUACUUAUUAUUAUUUUUUUCCUUCUAAUCCUUGUAGGUUUUGUAAAUUCGCGAUCGUCUUGGCUUGGCUCUCUCUCUCUCUGUAUUUUAUUACGAUAAUUAAUUAGCGCAAAGGCGAAUCGAGCAGAUGUUUAGAGUGUCUCUGGGGAGUUGGAAUUAUUGCGCAUUCGCUAUCGUUUUUUCGACAUUCUGGAAUUUUUGAGAAGAAAAAUGGCUCUGAGAGGAAUGCUGGGUUACUGUAGCGACUGACUCUUCGAUUCGAAAACAUUUUUGAUUAGAAAAUAAUGAUUUCGGAAACAUCUUUCUCUGAAGAACUUGAAUCAUUUCACUUUCGGUUUUUGGAUGAAGCUCAAGAGUUUUAAUUUACUACGAGUCCUUAGAUCCAAUGCUUUUUUCAAAUUAGAGAAGGUUUUCGCUAACUAGGGAACUACUCGGACUCGGGGUACGCGUUUCGAGUUGAAACUUUGGUGGCUUAGAGACUCGGGUAAGAGUACUUGGAAACAAGAGAGAUUAUCUGCUAAACCCCAUAGGCUUCUGAGAAAAAGCUUUUUGAAAAUGAACAGUUUAGGCUUGGAAAUUAUCAAAUUUUUGCUUUCCUCCUUCUUUUGGCAGGAUAAAAAGUUUUUUUAGAGUUUAUCAUAACCGGAUCAUUCAAGACGAUUGUAUUAAAAUAUAAACUUGUUUUUCAAGUGUUCUCACUUAGGUCUAUAAACCACUAAAGUUUGAACCCGAGUCCGAGUAGUUCCCUAGUAAGAAAAUUUAAUUUCUCUACUCUAGAGCAUAAAUUGCUGAACUUUCGCUUGAGUUUUUUGGCUGAACUAAUUUGCGGGAUCGUACUGAAUCCCUUCCUUGAAGUUUCAUUCAAAACGAAAUGAAAUGCUACUUUUUAGAAGUCCAGAAAGUACAAUCUUUCACUUUAUUCGAACCUCUUCAUUCGAUCUCCCUUUGUCGGUCAUCGUCGAAAUGAAGAUUUGGCCUCUCCUCCUCAUAAUCGGCAAUUUUGCUGGAGCAACAGAUGCGCCUCCUUUAACGGCAUCCGCCGCCCGUUUUACAGCCCCCUCGACGUCUGUCGGAAUUUCGUCUUUGGAUUUCUUCUACUGA